GUGUGUGGUGCCUUCGUUCUGUCAUCUCGCAUUUCCAUAACGUUUUCAUAACGGCCUGUCGGUGGCCACCUUGUUUCAUGUGUUGAGGAAUACUCCUCACCCCCAUUGGCAUGUCAGGAGUUACUGCUACCCGCUGUUUCUUUCUGUGAUUCUGUGAACAUUAUUUUAGCAGUGCUGGUUCAGUUUCAAGAGGAGGAUCAAAAGGAUUUCUUUGUUUUACUCUGGUGUUGGUGCAAUUCCUAAAAGCGUAAAUUAUGGUAUUGAUGUGACCGUGCUAAGGACCCAUGGACUUAUCAUCUUGCGGGUAUUGGAGUUAAUUUAGACACAUUCCAGACCCAACAGAAAUCAUGGGAUCCUUACCUGUGCUAACUUUGACCGUGAUCGGUUGCCUUCUUGUGCAAUCGAGUGAGGCAAGGACGCUGUUCAGGAGACCUUCGUCUUACAACACUUUCAUGAGGAGUUUGACCUUAAACUUCGAGAAGGCUAAGGUGGAGACUUUGGGAGCUAUUUUCAAACGACACGUUCAGCACCUGCGGAACACUCCGAAUCGGCAGGUAGAGCUUGUGUUCCUUAUCGACAGUUCGGGGACAGUGGGCGAGUACUACUUCUACGAGGAAGUCAGAUUUGUUCGCAACCUGCUCGCUGAUUUUACGGUCGACGUGAACACAACUAGGGUGUCUGUGAUCACGUUCUCGUCUCCACACAAGAUUUUCCGCCAUAUUGACUACCUGUCUCGUCCAGAUUCGGAGAAUCACAAGUGUCGUCUGCUCAACGAAGACAUCACGGAAGUGGAUUACACCCCCGGUGGGACCAACACUCUCGGAGCUCUUCUAGAGGCGGAGAAAGUGCUGAGAUCUGCCCGCAAGAAUGCCGCAAAAGCGAUAUUUCUGAUGACCGAUGGCUACUCCAAUGGCGGAGACCCUCGACCAGUGGCGCACAAACUCAAGAGACAAGGCGUGAAGAUCUUCACUUUUGGGAUACGCGAUGGCUUUGUAUGGGAGCUGCAGGACAUGGCCUCUGAACCAAAGAACGAAACAUGUUACAUCCUUGACAGUUUCGAAGAAUUCGAAGCACUGGCUAAAAAGGCCUUGCACGCUGAUUUGCAGAGCGGGUCGUACAUCAAACAGCCUGCCUCCAAGUGCAGUCGUCUUUGCUCGAAAGGAGGGCCGUGUUGCCACCAGAACGCCUCUUGUUCCUGUGGGACAUACACGGGGAAAUACGAGUGUCUGUGUAUGCCUGGAUACUACGGCACUGGACGAGGCGUCAGUGGCUGUAAACCAUGUCCGUCUGGCACCUACAAGAACUUCUCUGGCCAAGGAGAUCUGCACGUAUGUCAGCCAUGCCCCUAUGAGCACCAGAGCACAACACCUGGUGCUGUAUCUCCCAAUGAGUGCAGCUGCAAGCGAGGGUACCGGACUUUUGGUUCAGAUGAGUGCACAGUGUUCCGGUGUCCGGAGCUGUCGCCUCCCAAACAUGGUUACUUUGUCAACAACAAGUGCAACAACGUCUUCAAUGCUGCCUGUGGAUUGCGUUGUCAGCACGGCUAUGAGCUCCGGGGGAGCAGUGUUCGAAUCUGUCAGGACGACGGCUCCUGGUCUGGACAGGAUGCUGAGUGUAUCAUGAAAACCUGCCCGUCCCUGCCCCCUCCCAAGAGCGGCCACAUGGUGUGCUCCACGGACGACUUCUCCUACUCCACCGUGUGUCGCUUCACCUGCAAUGCCGGGUACCAGCUGUUGGGCUCUCGGAAGCGGACGUGUCUGGCCAUCGCCUACUGGACCGGCAUCGCCACCAGGUGUCGCGAAAUUACGUGCCCUCCACUGGUUCAGAUCAAAGACGGAACCAUCGCACCGUCCUCGUGCACGGCCCGUGAGGUCGUGUUUGGAAGCACGUGCUCCAUUUCAUGCUCAUCAGGCUACUCUCUGAGAGGGCCCCACACCAAACAGUGCACACCUGACGGCACCUGGAUGGCUGUGGAGGACGGGGUGAACAAGUGCGUUGACGACACACCGCCUGUUCUUCAUUGCCCGGAAUCCAUGGAAGUCAUUGCUGACCACGAGAAAGAAACCACCGAGGUCGCCUGGACGGCGCCUGUGCCUGUGGACAACUCUGGCUUCCGGCCCGUCUUGACGUCUGAACCAGCCGUGACCCCGGGGUCAAGGUUUCCCAUAGGGACCACGUACAUCACGUACAAGGCUGAAGACCUGAGCGAGAAUGUGGCUGAAUGUCAGUUUUACAUCCGGGUUGUAGACAAAACACCCCCAAGAGUGGACACAUGUGUGUCCCCACCUUCAAUCGUUUCUGAGGUAGAGGCUGUAGAAGUGAACCUGGACCCCCCCGAGUUUUCAGACAACUCGGGCAAGCCUGUUGAAAUCGCCUCUUCUCAUAGAAAUGGGGAACUCUUUUCGAUGGGAACCACAAAAGUCACCUACAAGGCCUUUGACGGGGCUAACAACAACAGCACAUGUGUAAUUGACGUCACAAUUAUACCUCACCUGUGCAUGACUCCCGAACAUCCCAUCAAUGGCAAUGUUUCGUGUGAGGAGGGACCGAAAGGUGUUACCUGCAGAAUUUCCUGUCGUAAAGGUUACGCCUUUGCCAUACCACCAGCAGAUGAAUAUUUCUGCUCCUACGAAGACGGAUCCUGGCUUCCUCAGGAGCACUUUCCGUUCCCCGACUGCGCCGUGAUCCAAAUCUCCAACGACAUCCUCCAGCCAGCCAGCAUCACCCUUACCGGAGAUCUGUCAUGUCAAGACAGGGUGCUUCUACACAGGAUAGAGAGGAACCUGGAGGGUACAGUGCAAGACAAGCUGAGCAACGCGUGUGACAAAGACCUUAGCUGUUCUGUGGGCUCCAUGAACUCAGUGUGUGAGAAUGAAGAAGAUUUUAACAAGAUCCAGGUCGUGCUUGAAGACAAACGACCAACCAAACCUCGCCGGAGGAGAAGGAAGAGGCAGGUCCGAGAGUAUCCAGAGAAAGCGCGUCUGAGGAGGGUCACGGAAAGCCACCGAUCACGCAUCUCGUUUGACUUCACAUUGCAAGGUGCGAUGAAGAAAAACAUGUCACGACGCGUCAACAUGUCAGAGCCCAUGAGGAAGAUGAUAACGUCACUGCAGCGGGAGGCCAGGAAGGGUAACCUUGACCUUCGUGUCGGAGGUCGGACUCUCAAGUUUGCUCAGAUGAAGUACAACCUUGGCCAACAUACCUAUCGCUGUCCAGAGGGAAGUGUCCUAGUCAACGGCACUUGUGUGAACUGUCCCGUUGGAACGUUCUACCACGUUGUGAACCGACGGUGCGAGGACUGCCCUCAGGGUACUUACCAGCCCCUGGAAGGUCACAACACCUGCCUGAGAUGUCCAGAUAACAUGUCUACCGAGAGGCCUCAUACCAGGAGCCUGCAUGAGUGUAAAGAGCUAUGCUUGCCGGGCACAUCUUCUGCGAAUGGCCUGUCCCCUUGCGAGACUUGUCCACUUGGACUCUUUCAGUCGGACUACUCGGCCAGGUUUUGCCAUCACUGCCCAGAUGGAACCACUACUCACAGACGUGGUACUCGAACCGUGAAGGCGUGUGCUGAGCUAUGCCCUCCUGGCCAGGCGAGUGAGACUGGGCUCUCGCCGUGUCUACCAUGUCCGAGCUACAGCUACCAACCCAGCCGGGGCCAGACUCAGUGUAUACGGUGUCCAGCAGAGGGCAUCGCACUGCAGAAUGGAGCAACCAAAGUGGAAGACUGCAUUAUUCCUCCAGGCUCUUGGGAAAUGCAGUCAGACAAAGCGAUAAGCCCUGACGGCUCCGAUGGUUCCGCUAUAUUCUUCAAUUCGUGCUUUGCGGAUCCCUGUGAGAAUGGAGGUACCUGCUCUCCGGGCAGUGGCCAAAGUCUUUUCACCUGCUCCUGUCCCAAAGGUUUCAAAGGGAACACGUGUGAUGAGUAUGUCAACAUGUGCGAAGGCAACCCUUGCGGCGACAAGGGUAUUUGUGAACCCGUGCCCGGAAACUUCUUGUGCUUCUGCAACGAAGGCUUCACAGGCAAAAACUGUGAGGUCAACAUAGACGACUGUGAGAAAAAGCCCUGUACCAAUCAAGGAACCUGCGUCGAUGGCAUCGACUCUUUCACUUGUAACUGCCCUCCAGGAUAUACGGGUGACGUGUGUGAGAAACCAAUCAACGAUUGCCAGGACUUUCCCUGUCGUAACGACGGCACGUGCAUCAACAGCCUAUCAGGCUUUACCUGUGAGUGCCUGCCCGGAUACACAGGACAGACGUGCGAGGUGGAUAUGGAUGAGUGUUUACUCGAGCCCUGUCAGAACGGAGGUACCUGUGUGGACUUGCCUGGAACUUACUCGUGUAACUGUGUCCGUGGUUACACCGGAGAUCGUUGUGAGUCAGAGGUGAAUGAGUGUGCUGAAAUACCGUGCCAGAACGGAGCUACUUGUGAAGACUUGAAGGGUGACUUCAAGUGCAUGUGUGCUCUAGGUUUCACGGGCAAGAAGUGUGAGAAGGAACUGACCUCCCAGUACCAGUUGGACUUCAGUUCCCCCACAGUGAUGGACUACGCCGAGCUCACCAUAGACAAACCCCUCACAUCCGUCACUGUGUCCUUCUGGAUGAAGACAACAGACGAAGUGAACCAAGGAACACCCUUCUCUUACGCUGUCUUCGGGGAGCCCAACGCUCUCACGAUAACGGACUAUAAAAACCUAAACCUGAUCAUAAACGGUGAGACAAUGAGCAUUGGGCAACCCCUCAAUGACGGUCAGUGGCAUCACGUGGUCCUCACGUGGUCAAGCUAUCGCGGCGACUGGAAGGCCUACGUAGAUGGUCUGCUCAGGGACCAAGGGUACAACUUGUCCACCUCCAAGCCUAUCCCAGGCAAAGGCACGUUGAUUGUGGGCCAGGAGCAGGAUGAGCUAGGUGGCGGGUUUAGCCCGAGCGAGACCUUCGUGGGUUCUCUGACCCACCUUAAUGUCUGGGACGACGCUCUCUCCCUCGCGGAUAUAGAAAAGCUUCGGUUCAGUUGUGACAGUUUCUAUGGCAACGUAAUCUCCUGGCCGCAAGUACAGGAGGCCUUGAAGGGAAAUGUGGGCACCUCCCCUUCCCAGUUCUGCCAAGGCAGCACCCUGCAGACAGAUCACAACUCAAUCGUUUGUCAAAGGGAUGGCUCCUGGGACAAAAGUAUUCCAAGCUGUGACCUUGAGAGAUGCAGUUACCCACCAGCUAUCGGUUUCGGCGAGCCAUUCACGGCCAACCCGGAGUACUUCGUUGGGGAAUCAGUCAAGUACCAGUGUGACUACGGCUAUGAGUUCAGCAAGGAGGCCGGGAGCAAGACCAGUGUGACGUGCCUACCCUCUGGUCAGUGGGACACUGACAUGCCCGUGUGUGGUCUCAUUGAAUGCCCGGACCCUCCAUCUGUUCCCAAUGCGGACUAUGAAGGGGAUGAGAUUACUUUUAAUGCGAGGGUAACAUACACUUGCAACCCUGGUUUUCAACCGGUGGGCUUUGGCGAGAUCAAGUGUGAAGAGACCCGCUCAUGGAGCGCUCUGUCCUUCGCCUGUCGGCCGGUCAUUUGUGGCCCUCCACCCUCGCCUGACUACGGAACAGUGACCGGACGACUGUACCGAUUCAACUCUGUGGUUUCAUACCAGUGUGAUCUCGGGUACAGCUUGAAGGGCAAGGAGACCCGGAGAUGUAGCGAGGACGGUGCCUGGAGUGGGGACGACCCUGUUUGCGAGCCCGUGUCUUGUGGGGGUCUGGAAGACAUUCGGAAUGGCCAGGUCUUUUAUGUUGACUCAACAUACCUUAGCCAAGCGAAAUAUUCCUGUGACAAGGGGUUCGAACUCAAUGGCUUCGCAGAACGAACCUGUGAGGCAACUGGUCAGUGGGAUCCUGAGCAACCAACGUGCGAGCCUCGCAGCUGUCCGGCACCCGAGGACAUAGCCCGCGGCUCCUACAGCAGUCCAGACGGAGGCGUGUUUGUGUAUCAGUCGAAGAUCGAGUAUCGUUGCACCACGGGCUUACAGUUGGUCGGGAACCCUGUGUCAGUGUGUCAGGCGGACGGUACGUGGUCGUCAGCGCCUUACUGUGACGAGGUCACGUGCCCGGCCCUUGAUACUCCCGACAAUGGAUCUGUGGAUGUUCUUGGGGAGCGUUUCUCCGACUGGGCUCAGUACGAGUGUGAUCCUGGCUACAAGCUGGAGGGCGUAAACCGUCGAACCUGCCAAGCUGACGGAACAUGGAGUGACGAGGCCCCUGAAUGUGUACCCACCAAGUGCCCAGACCCCAAGCCUUUGGAGAACGGCUAUAAUGAUUACAAGGAUCUCUCAGUUGAUUCAACAGUCAGAUCUUACUGUGACAAGGGUUUCAAGAUGGUGGGUGACUCGUUCCGCACUUGUCAGGCUGACUUUACACUGACGGGGGUAGAACCCAAAUGUGUCCCUGUGGAUUGUGGUACCCCAGCAGACCUAGAAAAUGGUGGCUAUUCACUCUCCGGGAAGGGAACUUUGUUUGAAGCUGAUGUUACCUACAACUGUGAUGACGGUUAUACCAUCAGAGGCGCAGCGACGAGGACGUGCCUUUCAGAUGGGCAGUGGUCAGGGAAAACACCAUCAUGCCUCCCUGUUGAGUGUACCAAAGUAUCACGAAUCAUUUCUAAUGGUCGAGCAAACGGCACAAGUAUAACAUACGGAUCAAUCAUCUUUUAUGAGUGUGAUAAAGGUUACCUGCUUGAAGGAUCCGCCCUGAGGAAAUGUCAGGCGGACGGAAAGUGGGACGAGCCAAUUCCGAGUUGUCUUAGUGUAGAAUGUCCUAGACCCAGAUUGUCGAACGGAUUUGUGUCCAGUUUCCGGAGGGGUUAUGGCACUGUCAUCAAAUUUUCCUGCAAGUAUAGCUACCGGCUUGAAGGGCCUUCUGAAAGGACAUGCUUGGAAAAUGGACAGUGGAGUGGGGAGGAGCCUCGGUGUCUGAAGCUUAGCUGCCCUCCUCCCGAGAAGGUGGUUAACAGUGAGACAACUGUUAUCAACGAUACAGCAAUUGAGAUCACCUGCAACCCAGGGUACACUCUGAUUGGUUCCUCUAUACGUGUUUGUAACAGGGCAGAAAUAUGGCGACCAGACGCCCCGAUCUGUAGCACUGUCACCUGCCCGGAUCUCUCUGGCAUUACAGUGACCAACGGUCAGAUCGAGUACACAACCAAUAAUUUUGGAGACGUGGUCAAGUAUACUUGUGAUGAAGGUUACAAAAUGAAGGGUAGCGCCUUGCAGACAUGUCUCCCGAUUGGCGAGUGGGGCGGCGUCAUCCCAACCUGUAACCCUGUCUCCUGCGGACACCCAGGAAUUCUCUUCAACGGCUACUCUGACGGAUGGGAUUUCUCGUACAGCAGUGUUGUUGAAUUUAGCUGCGAUCUGGGCUUCAUGCUGAAAGGACCCUCUGAGAUACGUUGUCUUGCUGACGGAACGUGGGAUGCUGAGCUUCCCGAAUGUCAAGAAGUUGUGUGUCCAGAGCUGACGGAUACGAUUAAAGAUGGAACCGUGGAUGUGCUUGGGAACUCGUUCAACAGUGAGACGGAGUACUUUUGCAAUGAGGGAUUUCGGCUCAUCGGGGAUGAUAUCAGAUUCUGCCAAGAAGAUGGUCAAUGGACAGGAACAGAGCCCACCUGUAGCAAAGUUGUGUGCCCGGAGCCGGAAACAGUGGUCAAUGCGCAAAUAUCUGGGAGUGACUUCGAUGUCGGGGGCAAGAUAUAUUACGAUUGUAUUGAAGGCUAUACAUUAGUUGGAUCUUUUGAGCGUACUUGUGAGUACGAUGGAACGUGGUCCAGCAAGGCACCUGCGUGCUAUCCAGUCACAUGUCCAGAACCCCCCUUCAUGGACUACGGAAUAUAUAACGGGGAGUCGGGUCAAUUCCAAGCAAUCAUCACCUACUCAUGUGACGAAGGAUAUGAGCUAGUGGGGCCGAGGGAAAGAAUGUGCCAGGCCAAUGCUACAUGGUCCGGAGAGGAUCCUCGCUGUGUGCGCAUUUCCUGUGGUAGCCCUCCCAGUAUUGAUUUUGCGGUAAUAAACCAAAACACAAAUUUUCUUUACCAGGACAAAGUGAUCUACUCAUGUCUUGAGGGAUACUCUGCUUCAGGUUAUGACACAAGUGAAUGUUUGGCUAACCGAACCUGGUCAUACACAGACUUCCGAUGCACGGUUAUCUCAUGUCCGGUGAUUCUUGCUUCAGAUAUUCCUCAUGCAAUAUUUGAUGCUUCAGGUUUCACAUACAACUCUCGAGUGGGUUUCUCCUGUGAAGAAGGUUAUACAUUGUAUGGGGAGUCGGAACUGGUUUGCACGGCCCAGGGUCGUUGGAGCGCAGAAUACCCGUUUUGUCGAAUAGUGCAAUGUCCUAAGCUCGGGGAACUGGCUUUUGGCACUAUUAACCUAGAUUCUAAUGACUUUGGCAGUAUUGCCACAUUUACCUGUGACCAGGGAUAUGAACUUAACGGCGCUGAGAACCUGGAAUGUUUAAGUUCUGGUGCCUGGAGUAAUGCGUUGCCCCUUUGUCAGCUAAUCAAAUGUCUGACUGUGCCGUCAGUAGAAAAUGGUAGGCUGACAAAUCCACAAAUUGACUUUUUCUACUCGGAUAAAGCAGUCUACGAAUGUGACUUUGGAUACAGAAUGACAGGUUCGGGAACGCUAGGGUGCUUAGCCUCAGGUGAGUUUGAGUCACCUGCUCCUGAGUGUGUUCGCAUCUUGUGCAAAACUCCAGUGGAGAUCGACUUCGGUGUGUACGACAUGUUGUCGGACUUGCAGGUAGCGUACACUUGUAACGAAGGUUUUAUUUUGAAUGGUCAGUCAGUCAUCGACUGCGAACUGGGAGGCAAGUGGGCAGCUGUAGCACCCACGUGUAUCCCAGUAGAGUGUCCAGUCCCAGGGGCUUUUAUCAACGGUCGUAUCGUCGGUGAUGUGUUCUCUUUUGGUAACUAUAUCAUGUACGAAUGUGACCCAGGGUACAUACUUAAAGGCUACCCGGUUCGUGUCUGCCAAGCAAAUCGGACAUGGACAGAAGUUGAGCCGAAAUGUGAACCAGUGUCUUGUGGAAAACCAACAGAACCCUUCGAAAAUGGAGUCAUCUUGGGAGAUUCCUAUUUGUUCGGGGAUGGUAUCGAGUACUCUUGCUUUCCAGGUUUUGAGUUGAAAGGAGAAGUAUUGAGACUAUGUGGGUCAGAUGCUCGCUGGGGCGGCAAAGUCCCGUCCUGCUCACGCCUGAGGUGUGAAGAUCCUGAGCCUAUCAAGUAUGGAAAAAUCAAGGGUAGAUCUUAUUUGUUCGGAGAUUCAGUCACAUACUCAUGUGUCCGUGGUUACGAACUUGUUGGAGAAGCAUUGAGAACCUGUGAAGAAACACUUACCUGGAGUGGGGCGAUACCGUCCUGUGUUAGAAUCAGCUGUGGCGAACCGCCUGUGCCAGACAAUGGGAUCCACCUUGGGAAAUCAUAUUUGUUUGACGACAUCGUCAACAUUUCCUGCAACUAUGGCUUUAGGUUGUCUGGUAAAGACUUCAGAAGGUGCAAAGCCAAUGGAGCUUGGACUGGAGGUCAGAUCUCAUGCGAGACGAUAGUUUGUCCUUCUGUGCCUGAAGUGGCGAACAGCAACCACAACAUCACUGCUGAUGUUUCCUUGACAGUAGACACGACUGUUGCCUACCGUUGUCUAGAAGGCUAUGAUCUAAAGGUAGAUGAAGAUUAUCGGCUGAAUGAUGUUGGACUAAGAGUGUGUGAACUAACUGGACAGUGGUCAACAAAUUUGAUCGAAUGUGUCCCAGUAAAUUGUCCAGAAAUUCUAAGUAUCGAGUAUGGAUCAGUGACAGGGAAAUCUUUCAUUUACCAGUCUGUAGUUGACUUUUCCUGUGAUAAAGGUUUUGAACUUGUGGGUCUGUCCAGCCUUGAAUGUGGGGCGAAGGGACUCUGGAGUGCUGACAUUCCUUUCUGCUCAGUGGUUGGCUGUCCGGAGUUGUUCCCAGAACAUGGAACAAGUGUGAUGUUUCCUGACGAUUUCUCCACGAUCGAUGCUGAUCGUAACGACCAUUUCUUCAUUUACGGAGACAUUAUCACGUUCGAAUGCGACGAUGGCUACGAGCUCCAGGGAGAACUCAAAAGUGAAUGCAUGGCCUCUGGGAUUUGGUCAAACAGUAAAAGCUAUUGUACACCAGUGUCUUGUCCUGAGCCUGUGAUUGCGAACGCCCUACUUUCGAAGUCACUUCUCACCUAUGGCAGCACUGUAUCAGUGAGCUGUGUCACAGGUUAUGAUCUCAUUGGUGAAAACGAACUGACUUGUGGCGCAGACAAGGCAUGGGUGGAAACCUUACCUCGCUGCGAGCUGUUGGCGUGUGGCUCACCACCCUCUGUUCUGAAUGCUAUUGUAGUUGGCGACAACUUUAAUCUGGGUGGAACCAUUACCUAUCAAUGCAAAGCUGGGUAUGAUCUGGUUGGUAACAAUAUUCUAACGUGCGGUCUGACCAAUGAAUGGCUAGGCACCCUCCCCAUUUGCGUAGAGGUAGAUUGUAAACUCCCUCCUGUCUUUCCCUUUUCUCAAGCGACAGUUGGCAAAACAACUUACAAGAGCACGGUCAACGUGUUAUGUAACCUGGGGUACAUCCGGCAAGGGAACGGCACAUUGGUUUGUGGGUCAGACAGGAACUGGAAGUAUGACCAAGCUCUCAGAUGUGUACCUAUUGACUGUGGAGAACCCCCGGAGAUUAAGCAUGGCUCUUUCUUUGCUGAUAAUUCCACACUCGGUGCGGUAGCUGUCUACAGCUGUGAAAUGGGAUAUUUUAAUAACGGAGCAAGUUCAUUAUUCUGUGACGAAUCCGGACAGUGGGUCUAUGAAUAUCCUACAUGUCUGCCAGUGGACUGUCUGCAGCCACCAUCUAUCCCACACGCUGACAGUACGUAUGAAGAGAGCAUUUUUAAAUCGACAGCAAUCUACAUAUGUGAUGAAGGCUAUGUGUUGCAGAAUGCUGAUAUAAACUCUCUCAUCUGUGGCGACAUGGGUACGUGGGAAGGAGAGAGACCAGCAUGCUCUAUCAUUGACUGUGGAUCUCCCCCUACGAGUGACCAUUCUUACUUCAUUCCUGACACCGAGAGCACGUAUUUGUCGGAAAUAACCCAUUUUUGUGAGCCGGGCUACUCCAGUGCCCUCUCUGUUAAUAAGAUGACAUGUCAAGCAUCAGGUUUUUGGGAAGGUGAGAUGAUCAGGUGCGAACCUUUGGAGUGCACUGAUCUGCCUCCGUUAGCCAACGGUGAAUAUCAGUCCGAUACAAGCAUGACGUUUGGCUCAUCUGUGUCGUAUUCAUGUAGCCAAGGCUUUGUCAAAUCCGGCCCAGAGGCUCUUCUCUGUACAGAGACCGGUCAGUGGUCAAGCCAAAACCACGCCUGUCUACCGAUAGAUUGCCUUGACCCACAGCCACUGACCAAUGGCAAGCCGGAGUACAGCACUACCAUAUACAAGUCAGAAGUGGUCUACACAUGUUUGGAGGGUUAUACACUACAGGGGGACACGUCGUCUCGCUGUUUGGAUUCAGGUUUGUGGUCCUCUGUUAACACGCAAUGUAUUCCUGUAGACUGUUUCGAUCCUCCGAGUCUGGGCAACGGUAAUGCAUUGUACAACUCCACGAUCUUUGGCAGUAAAGUGAGAUAUCAGUGUAAUAACGGUUAUCAACUGUUUGGAGAUGCCCAAGCUUUAUGUACCUCGACAGGUUUGUGGAGUGAAGGAUCGACGCGUUGUGAGUUGAUUCAGUGUUCACCUCCUGUGGACAUUGCCAAUGGUCAGGUUAUUUACUCCAGUCAGAGUCACGGCUCUGUUGCUGUUUACACUUGUCUGCCCGGUUAUGAACUGGAAGGAUUUCCAAGUAUUAUAUGCAGUAACACCGGAACCUGGGAAGGAGAAAUCCCAGUAUGCAUAGUGACCUCGUGUCAGGCCCCUCCUGAAAUACAGCACGGUUCCGUCGUGUACCUGAGCUUAGAGGCUGGAUCUACAGCUUCUUUUCUCUGUGACCCAGGGUACUUUUUGAAUGGACCAGAAUAUCUGGAAUGUACAAACGAAGGUCUCUGGUCGGGUGCGUACCCUACAUGUGCUGAGAUUUUCUGUACGGACCCUCCAGUGAUUUAUAACGCAGUAAUCAUCUCAGAUACAGGACGCAGUCCAGAUGAUACAUUAACUUACUCCUGUGUCCAAGGCUACCAUUUGGCAAACGAUUUUGGAUCAGACAUAACUUUGACCUGUAAUAUUGACGGGUCAUGGGAAGGAUUGGGCCCCCAAUGUGUGCCCGUAUCUUGUGAUAUUGCUACUCUUCCCAACAUACCGCACGCUAGGUGGGAGGGCACUGGAAACACCUACGGUACCCAGGUUUUGUACUCGUGUUCUGACGGUUACGCUCUGGUAGGAGAUGAAUCUUUAACGUGUAACGAACUUGGCAUAUGGUCGUUUGAUGAGCUGCCGAGAUGCGAACCCAAGCCUUGUGGUCUUCCCCCAAGCUACCCCCAAGCUACAUACAAGGCACCUGAGGAACUCACUUUUGGCCAAGGUUUCAGCUACGUUUGCAAUCCGGGACACGACGUGCAGGGUUCGGCCUACACAGAAUGUGGGGCAGACGGACAGUGGUCGCCCGUAUCCUUCGUCUGUCAAGGUGAGCCUGGCACAACUAUGUGCUGUAGUCUGUAAAGUAAGGUUUUAAGUCUUUGUAGAAACGUCUACGGGAAAUCCGUCAACAUUCAGUUUAAUUUACAGCAAUUUUACUAACAAUAUUAGUUAAAGGAAUGUCUCUAUUUUUUUUUCAAAUUAUCAGAUUUAUUUUUAGUAAGAGAGGAACAGUAUCGAUAGUUACAGCAUAAAAGAUGUAAAUUUCUG